CACAAGAGAACAAACUUGACUUCCAACCACCUCUGUCUUUUAGUUCCUGUCUGAACCUCUGCUACCAUGGCUAAAUCCAUCUGGACAUUAAUCCUGCUAUUGUCCCUGCUAUCCACUGUGUACGGUGAGGGUUUUCCACUGGCACCCAUUGAACUUGCUCCCGUCCCCUGUAAUGACAAAGCAGUGGAGAAGCUGUCUCGUCUGGCUGUCACUUACAUCAACGAAGAUCGCAACGAUGGCUAUAAGUUUGCCCUCAACCGCAUUGCAAAUGUCCACCUGCAUGCUCAGGGCCCAGCAGGCAAUGUGUAUUACCUGGACCUGGAUGUCCUGGAAACCAAGUGUCACAUAGGCAGCCCAAAACCAUGGAAACGCUGUGACGUCAGGCCAUUCAUGGAAACGCAAAUCUCUGGCAACUGCAACACCACCAUUCUCCACACGCCAGAGGGCUACUCUUACCUGUACAGCUACGACUGCACUCUAGUGCCAGAUCCCCCAGAGAAGCUCCAGCAGACCUGUCCAACCUGCCCCCUCCUGCUUCCUGUGGACAGCCCACAGGCCGUGAGCGCUACUCAGGUCACUCUAGAGUCCUAUAAGAGACAGUCCAAACUUGGCGCAGGACUCGGGGUGAAGAAGAUCACCAGAGCUGCAGCGCAGGUUGUGCCAGUGAAAGCCACUUUUGUGGAGUACACAGUCCAACAGUGUCCAGAGGGAGUGACAGAAAAAGGCACCUGCCAACGACUCACACUGGACUCGGACACGGAGACUGCAGGUUUCUGCACAGGAUCUGUACAUGGAGACAUGAACACCCAUCCUGACGCUCAGGUGUCCUGUGAGAUGUUCAAAGUGCAGAACGUGGACAUCUUCAGACCGUUACAGCCACAAGGUCACGACCUCCCCCAAGACCCUGUGAGCCCAACCUUUCCUCCUCCGAUCGAUGACCCAGGAAAUGAUCCACAGCCUGUUCCCUCUGACCCAACAUCGCACCCUGCUGUUCAACCAGCGCCGUUUGACCCCACGCCCAUUCACCCUCUGCCCCUUGACCCCUCAGUUGUGGUUAACCCCUCUAACCCCCUCAGCUCCUCUUCCAGUGAGUCCUCUGAAGAGCCAGUCAACAAGCAACAACAACCACCAGUUGCUGGGCCAAUUGAUUCAUCCUCUGAAGAGAUUGGAGGUCCCGUGGCACUGCGCCCCCCCUCUAACUUCCGCUAUCAGAGGCGUGACCGCAAGAAACGGCAAGCCUUGAUGGAGACUUCACCCUCUCACAACCCCAUCUUCCUAUCUGAUUUCCCCAGUGGGCCCUCUCCGUUCCGCUCCUGUCCUGGUCCGGCUCGAUACACCACAGUUUAAUUGUCGCUGCUUAGGAGUCCAUUUGUUCAUCUUUGAUUUAUCUUCUGAGACGGUGGACCAGUAAGCUGCUCUGCUCCCUGUCGCUGGAGGCUUAUAAUAAUUUGUGCUAAUGAAAGGAAUGCUAUCUCUUUUUCACUGGCCCUGAAAUGACCUCUCUGCUGCAACUGUUACAGUGCUCCCAAAGCAGCAAUGGAUUAAGCUAUGUGUAUUUGAAAAUGACUUCAAAUGUUUGAACAGUUUGGAUAAAUCUUGGUUUUAAUCCCUUGUCAACUAAUUGGUAAACUUAUAUAUUUAAGAUAACAGUCUGACAGUACUUACUGUUUCUAUUUUGGUGGUAUGAAGCAAUAACAUUUUGAUUUUAGCACAUGAAUUUAUCAACUAUCCAAAUAAAAGGAAAUGAAUCAGCAGCUAUUCUGAUCAUCGAUUAAUUGUUUAAGUCAUUUAUAGAACAAACAUGUCAAACAUCUCUUUUAAUAAUUCCAGCUUCACAAACGUGACAGCUUUUUGCUUUUUGUGUGUUUUAUAUCUUUCUAAAUUGAAUAUCUAUGGAUUAUGGAGUAUUGUUCAGAUAAAACAGGACAUUUGAAUCACUGUGUGCUGUGGGAAAUCAUGACAGGCAUUUUAAAAAUAAUUCCUGACAUUUUGUAGUCUGAAUGGUUAACUGAUUAAUUAAAAAUAAUAAAUAGAUUAUUUAACAAUGAAAACAAUAUUGUAGCUGCAGUGUUUUCUUACAAUCCAUGUACUGAAUUUCCUUGUAAUAUGUAACAUUAUGCCAUGACAAU